AUUCUCUUUUUCAAUGACUGCGAUUUGCCGAUGAACGGUGAUGCUAGAUUUUGCCAGCUUCAUUAUUGCGCCAGCCAACGAGUAGGACGCCUCGUUAAGUGACCAACAGCACCCCACGAGCAGUUUCCCCUUUUGUUGGAGAUAGCGGCCGGCUUCCCGCGUUGGACUUGUAAGCAAAAGCGGCCGACUUGUGCCAACUGAUUCCCUUCAGGUGAGUUCUGCUACUAUGUACACUCUGGCUUUGACUGACCACUAAUGAAUGGUUGCUUUCCUUUCUUUUCAAGUUACAUGAGCUGACCAGGGCCCCUCUUUGAGGCCCUUUUCAUUGGCCGGCCGGCCGGCUCCAGCUAAGCUUCUGGCAUCUCUGCUUCUUUUGCUGCAUCUUUUCCGUUUUGGCACGGGCUGCGUUUUGAAAUGCGCAUAUGCACACGCCGUGCCUGCGUGGCUGCCUGCCUGCGUGGCUGCCUGCCUGCCUGCCUGCGAGGCUGCCUGCCUGCCUGCCUGCCUGCCUGCCUGAGCAUCACGGCUCCAUCUAGGUCAAAGCAGAAGCCCAGAGGGAUUCUCCUGCAACAGCGCACGCACGCACGCACACGCAUGCAUCUUCAUAUGAGCGCAUCUUUCAACCGUCGUUCACGGACUCAAUAUUGGCUCAGCCGACUUGUGAUUUGGCUCAAGACCAGCGUGACGAAGCGCACUGGGGAGCGAGUCUUCUCCACCCUAAAAGAGACAUUUAAGUGGGUGUGCGUGCGUGCGUACGAUUUGAUCUAACGCAGCCUGGCAGCGUAUCGCCCGAGAUGCGAGCGCACGCAUGUGUGACGGCAGGCGGGCGCCGAGAAAAUAGAGGAGCUUAUUUCCUCACAUCGUCCUCCGCCGCCAAGCCUGCUAUAAAUACACGCAGCUCUCUGUUGUAGCGCUGUAAAAGCAGAUCCCUGCCCCGCCCCGCCCCCAUCACAUUUGGGUUUAGAAAAGACUAUUUUAGUCUUCGAUCUUUUGCAAUACUCAAAUUGAACAUCUGAAGAGCAAGUUGUGCCUUUUUCCCCCCAUCCAAAAAUCCUUCUGUUAAUAUCCCAAAUGUCUGCAAUGCCUUUCUUUUCUCUUGUCAGACUGCAAAAUUGGGUUAAGGGAGGGGAGGUGGGAGUGCAUGCAACAAACAAACAAACCAUCCAUCCAUUUUCAUGCCCCCCGAAUGCGCGUCACCACCUAUGAAGCGUGGCCCUCCACUCCGAGCCGGCCCAGCCCCCCGCCAUCCACACAUGUUCAGCAUCCUCUGGGCAGCUGAGGAACCCAACGAGCGAGAGGAGAGAGAGAGAGCGGUGAGUUGGAAACGCGGCUGAGCAUCACAGGGAGACACAAAUAGAGCCAUAAAAGCGGCAAAUUAGGCACCGAGGGGGGGAGGAAGAACACCAAGAGAAGGAGGAGGAGGAGGAGCGGAGCUGCUGAGUCCUUGGCAGAGCCCUGCUAGAAUCCCCAUUCUCUGCUUCCCCCUCAUCCAUAUUUGUUUGACUCUCCUUGCCUUCUUUUUUGUGCGCAAGGAUGCGAGCACCUGCUGCCAGAUGCUCCUGAUGCCGGAUGCCGGCGUCCGCACGGGCGGGCCCGGAUGGAUGCGCUGCUGCAGCCGCCGCCACUGACCCAGAUUACCCGCUGCGCUCCGGGGAUGUAACGUCCAUCUCCGACGAGGCAGCAAUCAGGAGUGAAGCUGAAGGACGGACGGUCGGAGGGAAGGAAAGCGGGCCGACCCGUGGCGGAGGCUCUGGCAGACGGUGACGCUGCGGCAGAACUUCUCCGGCCGGACGGGAUGGAGGAGAGCGCGCCAAGCCUCCUGCAGAACCAGGACUCAUCGGAGGGCCCCAAGGUGGACCCACUGGACCUGAUGAAAGCAUAUAAGGACAAACUCUUGGAGGAGAUGUGGAAGCAGCAGGACAGCCUGGAGGCUCCGGCGCCUUCACAAACAUCGCCGCAGGCUCCGGACGAGGACUCCGACGAAGGCGCUUCCGUGCUCCGGCGCCUCAGAGCUCUGGAGGCCGAGAACUCGGCUCUCUCCUUGGAAAACCGCAACCAGAGGAAGCAGUACGAACGCUGCCUAGAUGAGGUGGCCAACCAGGUGGUCCAGGCUCUCCUCGCUCAAAAGGACUUGAAAGAGGAAUGCGUCAAGCUGCGUACGCGUGUCUUUGACUUGGAGCAGCAGAACCGCCUCCUGAGCGUCCGCUUCCAACAGCGAGUCGGCACCGCGCCGAUCCACUUUGUGUUUGCAUGA